UUAUUUUAAAAAAAAUGCAUCAAGCUUCAAAACCACAGAUUGUUCCACGAACAUCUUUGUUGAAGAAAAAAAAUUCUACUGAAAAUUCUUUGGAACCAAAAAAUAGUGAUAAAAUAAUGACCAAACCAGCUUUACCGGUAAAACCAAUGAUCGCUACAAAGCCUUCUUUAUCAUCAUCGAUUCAACCAAUUCAAAAUGAUUCGGCAAUUUCUUCACUUCAAAAUCAAUCGACAGAUAGUUCAAUGACAAAUCUGUCAAAUCAUCAUCAUCAUCAUCAUCAUAAUCAUACAGAUAACUUACCAGAUAAAACAAAAAUAUCGAUGAAAAAAGUCGAUGAAAUUGCCCAAACAUCAUCACUGUCAUCGACGAUAAAUAAAUCACCAUGGAAAAAAUCGAAUCGUAUAAAAUUUCGUCUGACUAGUACCGAUUUAAAUCGAUUAAGAUUACGAAAAGAUUUUGAUGAUAAAAAUAUCGAUUCCAAAGGAAACAAUCUAAUCUAUGAUAUUCGUGAAGAUGAAGAACAAAUUAAAAAGAUGAAUGAAAUAUGUGAACUUUUAGUGGCCGGUGGUUAUUUUCGUGCCCGUAUUAAAGGAUUACAUAAUUUCGAUAAGAUUAUCGGUGGAAUGUGUUGGGCAAUUCAAAUGUGCAAUAUCGAUUUAGAUGUAGAUAUAUUUUAUCAGGAAAAUCUUUCCAUUGGCCAGAAAAUUUCGUUGACUGAAAAAAUUGUCGGUGUACUUCAAAAGAUGAAGUGUCCAUUUAAGUUGGAACCACAUCAAAUACAAGGAAUGGAUUGUAUCCAUAUUUAUCCAGCUAUUCAAUGGCUUGUAAAGAAAUCACUUGAAACACGUCAACAAAUGGCUGAUUAUGUUCGUUUAUAUUCUUGCUGGCAAUUUGAUCGUACAUUUACUCAUAACAACAAUGAUGAUCAACAAAAAUGUCCAUCAUUAGCUGUGAUAAUCAAUGAUCAUAAUGAAUUGAUUGAUCCAAUCAAAUCUAAUAUACAAAGACGUUUUUUACAUCCCAAUCGAAAUAAGCUAAAAGAUGAAUUGAUUCGUGUAAAAACAACAUUAUUGGAAUACGGUGUCAUAUGUAGUGGUACCGGUUUGGAUGAACGAAUUGUUUCACAUUCAGAUCUGACCAAUGAUGUAAUUGAAUCCACUAAUGAUGGCAUAAUAACCACCAAACAACAACAACAACAACCUGAAUCUGAUUGUAAAAAUCUUUUGGAAUCAAUGACCAAAACUGAUGAUAGUAGAAUGGGAAAUACACAAAAAGUUUCAACAUCGAUUGUUGUCAAAAUUGUUGGUGAACAAUCGGAUGAGAUUAAACGCUUGGCAGAAGAUUAUGAAAGAAAGAAAACAUUAAUGAGUGCCGAGGAUGCUGAAUUUCUAAAAGAAGAAUCGAAAUUAAAAAUGGAGAUUUUGGCCAAAAGAAAAGAGCUCAAUCAAUUAUUGCAGAAUAAAAAUGAAGAAAAAUUAACGUCUAUAAAGGAAAAACUAAAAAUACUCAAUAAGAAAAGUGAAGAAUUACAAGAAUUAGAAAAGACUGAACAAAAUGAUGAAACAACAACAAAAUCGGAAAAAAUUCAUCUGACUGAAUUGUUGAAUGUAUUACGAAAACAAAAAUCUGAAUUAAAACAACACUGUCGUGAAGAGAAACAACGUUUAGAAAGACAAAUUGAAUCAAUUGAAUCUCGUCAAGUUACCACUGAUCAAUUGAAUGAUAAACUAAAAGAAAUUGAUCAAGAAUUACAUGUUUACGAUGAACGUCAUUCAAAUGUUAAAAAAGAUUUAUCAUUAAUCAAUAAAAAAUAUUCUAUAAUACAAAGAAAAUUUGAUGACGUUCCUAAUCGAACUGAAUUGGCACAAUAUCAAAAACGUUUUCUGGAACUUUAUAAUCAAUUAUCAACAAAACAUAAUGAAACAAAAAAAUUCUACACACUCUACAAUACACUAUCGGAUGAACGAAUGUAUCUGGAAAAAGAAUUUAAUCUAAUCAAUUCCAUAUUGGAAAAUUUUCAAAAAGCAUCGAUAUCAAAUUUAAUGGUAAAACAUGAAUUUUUGGUCAAAUUUCAACAAACAGUCGAUUCAAUUAUUGAUAAUAAAUUAAAAGUAGUACAACGGUUACAGAAUGAAAAAGAAAAACGUAAUCAACUUAAUGUCCAAUAUCAGCGAUUAAUUGAAGAACAAAGGCUUUAUUAUAUUGCUGUUAAAGCUUUCAAAGAGGAAUGUAAAAUAAACGAACAAUUAAUUGUAAAAUUGGACAAGAUUAACAAAAAAUGAAAUUAUUAAAUAAAUAAAAUUGUUUAAAAACU